AAGUACAACCCUAAGUGGUUUACACAAUUGAUCCACUCAGAUGAGAUUUUUCCCUACUUUAUACUGCAUUUUAUAGGCAGCCUGUAUGUAGGUCACGUAAAAUAUUGGCAAAUUAUAGAGUGUAUCUUAGCUUAGGAGUGGAAGAAAAUUCUCAAAUUAAGAUAAGAUUAUGAGAUACUUUUAGCUGAAUAAUCUAGUAGAUGGAGUGAUCAGUGCUGACUUAAAAUAUGGACUUUACAAUGGAUUCAUUUGCACCAAGACGGCCAAGGUGCCCUAACUGGACAGAACAAGAUAAGAUCAUUUUAGUGAAGAAUAUUCGUGCAAGGAAGGAAAUUCUUUUAGCUAAGAACAAGGGGGAUGCCGCUACCAAGGAUGCCGUGGCAACAGCCUGGCAGGAAGUACUCAAUGCACUCAACUCGGAAACACAUUUUCCAAGAACACUCGAACAAGUCAAGAAACAGCAUGAGAAUCUAAAGUUAAGAGCCAAGCAGCUGUACAUGGACAUGAUGCAAUGUCCAGGUACGGUAAAGCCUCACAUUGUAUCACCAGCCAUGAAACUGAUGAUGGAAGACUUCACAGAGGGAGACCCUGAGUUCUCAAACCCUACUCCAACACCAACAGCGAACAGGAUACUGCUGCCCAAACAGACUGUUACCCUGCCGAUAACCCUCCCCCCUCUCACACUGCCUGUACAGAGUUUACCAGCACCAUCCACAGUGAACUAUGAAGAUGAUGACUCUAACACAAACACAUCAUUAAAUGAUGAUACUGUACAGAACCACAGCAUCAGCAUUCAAGGAAAUAACGCUAAAUUUGAUCAAAACAACUCAAUGGAUCUUACAAGAAAUUCUGCAAGAUUUGGUCACUUCAAUGGCGCAAGCACAAGCCAGAACUCUGACAAUCUCAAUUUCCCAAAUCCAAAACGAAGAAAGCUUGACAAUGACCAGUCUGAUUCAUUGUUAGCUAAUACUGAACUUGAAAAGAUUAGGGCAGAAACGGAAAAAUUGAGAGCUGAAACAGAACUAAUUUACCAAAGAAAAGAGUAUGAACUUGCUAUUUUUGAGCUGAAGAGGCAAGUUCUUGAAGCCAAGCUGGAGUACUAUACCAAAGCAAAUGAGAAAGGAUCAAUGUCAGAACAAACAAUGAACACAAAUGCCAGUGAAAGAGAUACCCAAUCUCCCUGUGAAAGAAAUACCAAAUCUCCCUCUACACCUGACCUUGAUGAAAGUGAGAAAGAAAAGGAAUAAAUCAUUGUUAUGUA